UUCCUGGCCGUUCCUAUAGAAGGCUAUGCUUUGCAGUCAUGGCAGUCUCGACGAAAACACGUGGUAAAAGCCUAAACGACCCUAAACUACAAAUUAAAAAUGCUGGUAAAAAGAUGACGCCAGAAGUUUAUUUUGCAAAAAAGUUAGCAUCAAACGAAAAAAAAAUUCGUGACCGGUCACUUAAGAAAUUAAGAAGAUGGAUCGCAGCGCGAUCGACAGUCCCAGAUGCUUUUACCGAUGACGAACUCAUGAAAUUAUGGAAAGGGCUGUUCUACUGUAUGUGGAUGUCAGACAAACCUUUGAUACAAGAGGAUCUAGCUGAGACCAUUUCAGGGCUUGUCCAUUCUAUUGUUGAUCGCAUGACAGGGCUAAAGUUCAUUGCCACUGCCCUCAAAACAAUGGCUCGUGAUUGGUCUGGCAUUGACACCUGGAGAAUGGAUAAAUUUUUGAUGUUUGUGAGAAGGAUUAUUCGGCACAGUUUAGAAUAUCUAGCACAAGGAGAUUGGAAGAAAGAAGAAGUAGAUGCCUAUUCUAAAAUGCUAUCGGAAGUCAUCAUCAAUGCAAAUGAAAGCACAGCUGCAUUAAAUGUCACCAUUGGCCUUCAGCUUCAUGUAACAAACUUAUUUCCUGAAGAGUUAGCCAAGGCGGGAGGAGAAGGGUUAAGUUCUUCAACUAUUUCAAAGAUGUUUGAACCAUUUGCCAAAUGCCUUGCCACCAGUAAUGACUACAGAUUGAAGAAGGAUGUCCACCAACAUGUUUUCACUUACUUGAUCAAGCAAAGUGAUGAAGCGUUGGAGUAUGAAGAACUUGGUCUUGAUAAACAAGCCAUCAUCUCCAUGAGUGAUGCUAAAGCUAAUAGGAAAAAAGAAAAGAAAUUUAAAAAAAAAACAAACUUUCAUUUGUUGUUCAAAAUGAGCAAAAUGAAAAAACUGAAGAGGAGAUAAAUCCACCUUCUGACAUAGAUGAAGGUGCAGCUGAUGGUGAAAGUGAAGACGACAUGGAGAUGGAGGAAUCAAAUUUUGAUUGGGGUGCUAAGGAUCCAAGAGCUGGUGGUGUUGAUGCUAUUAUUCCUCAGAUCAAACCAGACUUUAAUCAAAUAGCCGACAUGCUUUUCCAAAUGGCAUCGGAGAAGUCCGUACGUGCUAAGAAUCGAAAAUCCAUUUACGAUAUUGUUAAGAAAUUUCGUGACUUGGCUAGCGGAAUAUAUCCUUUGGCUGUUAGUUUCCCGACUGUUGGACCCGGUCUGACACCAAGAAGUAUGAAAUCAGCCGCAAAGCAGUUUAUUAAGGACGAACUUUCUAUGACUGAACAGAGGAACGCGGACAGAAUGGAGAUGAGAAAAUCGUCGAAAGCAUACAAAAACUUCAAGGAAUAAAAACGGACAUCUUGGGUGAAACAAUCGAGGAUAUUUUCGAAGACGAUGACGAUGAGGCAGCAGUAGAUGAAGAAAGAAGUAAUGUUGCUGAUCUCGUUGAUGACGAUGUAGAAGAUGACGAUCCUGUCCGAGAAUUGUAUUCUUCUGAUGAAGAUCAUCCUUCGGACGAAGACGAUGAAAUCUCAGACGACGUAGAAGACGGAAAAAAAGUAGUGGUGGCCCCCAAACAAAUUGCCAAGAUGGCUCCAAAGUCAAAACGUCCCUAAACGACUUUCGAAGUCGAAAAAAGUUGGGGGGAAGAAGCAGUUCCUCCCCUAGCUUCCAUGCAACAGUUAAAACAGAAGCUGAAAGCUGAAAAAAGGCAAAAGAAUUCUGGUUGGACUGUAAGUCCAUCCAAAGGCGAAAUAGAGAUUGUAAUUCCCAACAAGAAAUUCAAAGGCUCUCAGCAAUUGCGGACUACACAAGCACCAGCGACGUCUGAG